AUGCCAGAUUCUAAAAGUGACUUGGUGUCUUUACAUGAGCAUGUUAUAAAUGAUACUUCAGAGUUGAGUGAAGUGAGAAUUUCAGAUGAGAAAGGAUCUGUUGAAAGAAGAAGAAUGACUGUGAUUGAGAAGAAUGGCUAUCACGACUCAGUGUACAUCAGUGCAGCUCAGAUUUUUCAAGGCAUUCAUACUGAAAAGCGUAGGGAUAGAGCCUUGGUGCGGUACGGUGGUGACUCAGUGUCUCCCAUGGUGACUCUUCAGGAUGAGCAUUCCCAGCGUGCAGCUUAUGAACUGGCUUUUAGUGCUCUAAAAUAUCAAGAUCUUCUGGAAGAAAUAUUGUUGGAUAGUUGUGUUUACCCGUGCCCAUCAAUACCGGAUGAAUUAACCUGCUUGCUUGUCGUGAUGCUUUAUGACCUACAAGACCGCAAGUUUGAGCCACGAAAGGGUUUUAAUGGAGAAGCACCUGUAGCAGAAGUUCAGGAAGUAGAGCAUUAUUUGUACAGUUUCAGGACCAAAUUGGCAGCUGCUCUAGCAAGAUGUCGCAUCAAAAACGAUGCUCUUUCAAUUGAGCACAUUCUACCAGAAGCCAUUCAGAAGCAGCAACAAAGGGCUUCUGCUUUACCUUUAUGUGUUUGGGUAAACACAUUGAAAAUCAGCCUUCAAGAUGCUUUCAGAGAUCUGAAGGAUGAGGGAUUCACAAGAGUUCAAUCUGUGGCAGACUUGGACCAUGACACUUACUGUGUGGACCAGCAUUGCCAUGAUGUAUUGUUUUUCCCUUCCUCUCUUAAAGAAAAGCUGCUGAAUUCAGACCUUUAUGCAGAUUGCAAACUCCUGCUGCAGGACAAGUCUCGCAGCCUUGCUGUGCACUCUGUGCAGGCACAGCUGGGGACAGAAGAUGAUGUCGUAGUGGCUCACGUGGGUUCCCAUCUCACCAUUGCUCAUCUCUCAGCACUGACAGCUCAGAGCACAUCCAGGAUUUUUGUCUGUGGUGUAGAAUCGUCAGCAAAAGCAGAUGAACUGAGGAACUUACUCAGUCACAUGGGAUGUCAAAAUAUUCAGUUGCUGCAUGAAGACUUCACUAAGAUUGAACCAACAGACCCGAGACUUGAAAAGGCAAAAGUCAUUUUGCUGCUCCCACAGUGCUCUGGGCUGGGUGUUGGCAAUCCAAUAGACUUUAUUUUAAAUGAAUGUGGAGAUGCAGGAUUGCUGAGAGACAUCUUCCGAGGAUCAGUGUCUGAGGACAGACUGCGUGUCCUGGCUGAGGGGCAGCUGAACGAGCUCAGGCACGCGCUGCGGUUUAAAGUACAAGCUGUUGUUUACUGUACUUGCUCGGUUUACCCAGAAGAAAAUGAACUAGUGGUGAAAAAGGCACUGGAAUCUGCAGUGGAAGGAAGGAAAAUACAGACAUACAGGCUUAUUCCUCCUGUUUUUUCUCCUUGCUCUGAUGCGGAGGCUUCUACUGAAACCUUUUUCAAACUGGAGCCAUCAGAUGUUUCCAGUGGCUGUUUUUUAGCUGUUCUAGCAAUAGAGAAAGAGUCUUCUGAAAGCUUGUCUGACAUUUUGGCUCGUGCUGCAGCAAAAGGGCUGCUAGAUGGUUGUGUGGCCAAACCACAGAGAGAGAAGAAUGGAGCAGAGCCGAAGAUCACCCAGCUUCACCAGAAAACUGUCCUGGAAGCAAAGGCUGAGGCAUCUGUCUCUAAAGCAGUCAGUAAAGCAGAAGAGAAGGUGGUGAACCCAAGAGAGAGCAGUGCUCAGGUGAAGAAACCUAUCCAGCCCACCUCAGCCACAGGUGGUGUGCCAGCCGCGGGCAAGGCAGGCAAGAAGCAGGCACCCGUCCGGAAGGCGCGGGCGGAGCGCAAGAGGCUUGUGCUGAAGCCUGUGGACAUCGCUUUGCCUCUGGUGAUAACACCACCUGCAGCUCUGCCCCGAAACAAAGCCAGGACGAGGAUUCAGCAGCGCUUGCGUUGCUGGGCUGCAGCAAAAGGCUCCAGUGGUGCAACACUUGCACAGCGUCUGUCUAAAGUGGUCAGACCAGCUGUGGCAAGCCAUCCUCGGCCCUGGCAGUGAGGCUCUUCCAUUUCUGCCUUGCCUUUGUGCACAGAACAGAGCUGUGUCUGAUGCCAGAACGUCUGGGAUACAUGCACACUACGCCUCAUGCUGUCCCAUAAUUGGCCUCAUCUUACCUUCAGGAGUUUGCACCUUUGAAAGGCUUUGGAGGCUGAACCCGUGAGAAUCUGGAUGUCCUACCAAAAUACCAGAGCUGGUGGUGAAGAAGUUGGUUCUGCAGGUCAGCAGCUCACUUUGCAAGCAGGAACAUCUCCUGGUGGCAACCUCUGGGACUGACUUGGGCUUGCUUGUAGGUAGAGAAAGCCUGCAUGCUCCGUUGAACACUCAGUAACUUUUGACAGUAAAGCUGUGCUUUGGUCACUCAUUUGCUGAAAUCCCAUUAGGUAUUGGUGAUUUUAAACCAGACCCUGGUGAUUCAGCUCUCCAGGUACAAAAAGUGUCCGCUGUCCUGCUGCUGCCUCUGAACCACCGGUGUGCUUUUCCCUCCCCUCAACCACAAUGUGGCACAAAAGAAGUGAUUUCCCCCUUUGAUGGACCAGUAACAAUUGAGACAAGCAUUUUAUGCAGCUAAAUUUAUUCUCAGAACAGAUUACAUUUAAAUGUGGAGAAGUGGUCAACAGCAGGGAAGACUCUUCCUGCGGGUGUCAGUCAGCUGCUUUGGGUACGACUGAACUCUGCUAACAAAGGCUGGGGGUGCGUGUGUUCCCUUCUUUCUCACUGCUGUUGGGAUAACUCAGACCUGCUUUGGCUGACUGUACAGCACAAGGUAUUCAUGGACCUGCCCAAGGAGGAGUGAGGGGGUUUGUGGUACUGCUGAAGGGCUGAGCCCCUACUGACAGUUGAAAUGAGAAAGUUCUAUUUUCUGUGGGUGAUUUAUUAAUCAUUUUAGACCCCUGGUUAAAUGAUCUCUGAAGUGCUUGAAGAAAUUAAAAGAGAUGUAGAAGUCCCAGUGGGGCAGAACUGGCGUAAGCUAUGAGAUACUCCAUGGUUUCCGUCGGGAAGGGGCCUGUUGUUUCCAUAGGCACAGGUGAGUGCACACAAAACAGGUGACACAUUUUUCUGAGGGUGGCUUUUCUGCCUUUCCAUGCCGUUUUUGUUACUCCUCUUUAACCACCCUGCAGGUGGCCCUUUUAUCUCUCCCACAUCCCCCUUGGCUCCCCUUCAAAUGAAAGAGUAAAUGGCUUCAAUCAAACCUACAGCCAGCACUGCAGAUUUCAAAAGAAAGGUUUUUAUCUCUCAGUCCUUGACUGUGACUAUAAAAUCUCCUUGCUUCUGCAAGGGAGGGUUGUUGAUGAGGGAGGUGGCUGAUGUGUGAUACUUACCUCUUAACUACCUAAAUGCAUUGGGGGGGAAAAAAAGAAAAUAAGAAAUUAGCUUUGCUUUACAUGGUUUGGUUUUGGUUUUU